AAAUUUACAUUCUGCAAUUCUCAGUCUCCAAAACUCUAGGCUCACAAGAAGUGUUUUAGAUUUGAAUAUAAAUGGCAUUUGUAGGCUUCUUGUUUUCUCACACAAUUAGCACUCACAAUAUGGAUACAUUUUCCACCCUUCUUUUGCUUCUCAUAUUGUUUUCUUGUGUUAGCCUCUCUGCUGCACACAACAUAACUCAAAUCAAAAGUGAUGAAUCUAUACUUCAUGCCUUAAAAUCCCACAUCACUUCAGAUCCUUUCAAUAUGUUGAAAAAUAAUUGGACGAGUGGAACCUCGUUUUGCACGUGGAUAGGAGUUACUUGUGAUUCACGUCGUAGCAGGGUCACUAAAUUAAAUAUCUCUGAUAUGGGACUCGAAGGAAGCAUUCCACAGGAAAUUGGAAAUCUUUCUUCACUCGCUUAUCUUGAUAUGAGUGGAAACUCUUUUCAUGGUCGGCUACCAAAGAACAUUUGCAGUCACAAUAACCUUCAAAGACUCAAACUACUUGACUUGUCGUCUAACAAAUUGCAAGGAGAUAUACCGUCAAGUUUGUACCAAUGUCCACAACUUGAAAGUAUCGACUUGUCACGCAACAGCUUUGGUGGAUAUGUGCCUGCACAAAUUUCGAAUAUCACACUGCUUAAGGAAUUAGACCUUGGUGUGAACAAUUUGAGAGGUCGGCUACCAAAGGACAUUUGCAGUCACAAUAACCUUCAAAGACUCAAACUACUUAACCUAUCUAGGAACGAAAUGGAAGGAGAUAUACCGUCAAGUUUGUACCAAUGUCCACAACUCGAGAGUAUUGACUUGUCAGACAACUACUUUGGUGGAUAUGUGCCUACACAAAUUUGGAAUAUCACACUGCUUAAGGUAUUAGACCUUAGUUGGAACAAUUUGAUAGGUCGGCUACCAAAGGACAUUUGCAGUCACAAUAACCUUCAAAGACUCAAACUACUUAACCUAUCUAGGAACGAAAUGGAAGGAGAUAUACCGUCAAGUUUGUACCAAUGUCCACAACUCGAGAGUAUUGACUUGUCAGACAACUACUUUGGUGGAUAUGUGCCUACACAAAUUUGGAAUAUCACACUGCUUAAGGUAUUAGACCUUAGUUGGAACAAUUUGAUAGGUCGGCUACCAAAUGACAUUUGCAGUCACAAUAACCUUCAAAGACUCAAACUACUUGACUUGUCGUUUAACAAAUUGGAAGGAGAUAUACCGUCGAGUUUGUACCAAUGUCCACAACUUGAGAGUAUUGACUUGUCACGCAACAGCUUUGGUGGACUUGUGCCUACACAAAUUUGGAAUAUCACACUGCUUAAGGAAUUAGACCUUAGUCACAACAAUUUGAGAGAUUUUGGGGAAAAUGGCAAAGCUACGGCUCUUGCGUCUAAUGAUAUUCUGCAGUUCCUCAAUGCUCAAUCUAACAAUAAAAUCGGGCAUACACCUAAAUCUGUCAAAUCGGGCAAUAUUCUUUUCUCGUUUUGGGGUUUGAGAAGAAACGGAUUUUGA